AUGCUGAGUUCUUGUAGUCGUGAAGUACCACCUAACCAAAUGAUGAACCUUUUAACUAAGAAGCAAUCUGGGCACAAGACGCUUAAAGAGCGCUUGAAAUCCAAAAAUAAAACUAUCCAGCGCCUGAGAAACAGAGUUGCCUGGCUAGAGUUGCAGUUAACAUUGCACUACACAGAGGAUAAAACUACUAAGGACGAUCGUGAAGAAAUCGUAGUUGAAGAUGAUUGCCUAAAAUGUGAACAACUGAGGAAAAUGCUGAACAAAUCUUUGAAACUGCCUCCGCUUCCAGGGCUACAAAAUCUAGACGAAAACCAAUUUGAUAGCCGAACUGAGACAAAUUCUGUUAUCAGCGAUAAGGAAACAGUAGUGAGCAUUGAUGAAGAUGAUUUUAAACUCACUAUUCAACCGUCCCACAAUUCUCUAUCAAGUGAUCAAAAAGGAAAUGUUGAAAACCUUCCUCAUGAUGAUGACGGCUUCUUUAGAGGGGAUCUUGCCGGUAACACCUGUUGCAUUUUAGUAGUGGUGAUGGCGAUGUUACUUGUUUCUUGGAUCUGAGAAGGAGAAGUGAAACUCUGGUCUUUACUCAUCUUUCGUCACGCUAUUUGUGUUUGAUUGGGUUCUGCUAAGAAGCCUCUGACAGUAUAGAUCUAAAUCGCGUAUAACCUCCAAAAGUAGACCUAUGAAGCUAUGUAAUUUUUAUAAAUAAUUAUCUUUAAAUCCUUCCUUCAGACAAAGGUUGUCACUCCAAACACCAUAGAAGCUUCUUGCUGGCUGCAGUUGUAAUUUGAAUGUAUGGAAGCAUACUGUUUUCAUCCAAAUUGGUGAAGAGCCCAGUAAAAACAUAACAUGUUCGCAGGAA